CUUUGUGCACACUCAGGGUGGAGUUCAGUAAGUAAGGGGACACACACACACGCACGCACGCACGCACGCACGCACGCACACACGCAACAAAAACAACUCAAGCGCGUCGAAAGGUGACAAUGUUGUCUUUGUGCUUCAACAAACUUCCACUGUGCUCCAUCGGCGGCCAUUUUGGCUCUGUUUGGACACACGACUGCUUCUAUUCUAUUCAAUUCAUUUUAUUCUGUUCUAUUCUAAUUUGUACUGUUCUAUUCUGUCUUAUUACAGUCAAAUCAAUUCUAUCCUGUUCUAUUUGAUCUUAUUCUCCUGUACUAUCUUCUAUUCUAUGAAUUGUGCUGUGUCUGUUGACGUCGUUUUGUUUGUUGGUCACGUGACGCGAGGCUCGUCAGCGUUAAAUCCAAGAUGGCCUCCCAACGGCUGACCUUUUCCAAACUUUUACUGCCGCGACCUUCUGCUGUGAAGGUCACCGAUCCAGCGACGCCUCGUUGGGUCUUUUACGUUUGUCCGACAGCAGCAUUGUUUAUUCGGUUCAAGCGCGACGACUUGAGCUCUUUCUCUUUUUUAUUAGGCCAACCUUUUUUUAUGUCGUUAUAAUUCGUGCGCAUUUCUGUGAUUGUAUUUUUGGAGUGGAGCCUUUCUCCAGCGGUUUCCUGAAGUUUGGGACCCCCGGGCCUUCAGUGACCGAAUGCACCUCUUAAUAACACCAUCACGUCGCAAAAUAAUGCACAAAACUACGCGGGGCAUUCAAGAGGAGAUAUUGGAGGAUGAAUACCAUUUUUUACGUCUCGAGCAUCCAUGUCUGGAACGUUACAGGAUGUCGGCCAUGUUGGUUCAAAUUUGACAUUUUAGGCUCAUUUCGAUGACAGACAAAACAGAUUUUGUCCGAUUUCCGCCGAAUUCGAGACACUUGGACGACAAUAAAUGCUCAAGAAACGGAUUUCUGCUCAUUUUGUGUGGGUGGAGUUUGUCAACAACCUUUGAUUCCACUUCGUGGCGCUUCCUGGAAUUGUUGAAAAUUUGGUCGUCAUGUCUAUCACGAGCUCACCCAGAAAAAGUCUGAGGAGGGGUUUCAAGCGGCCAGUUGACCUUUUUCCAGGGGGCCUUCAAAGACCAACUCCUGCAGAUUUUGUCGGACUGCUAGCGCAUAUGCCAGACGGUUGGACGACGCAAAAUGACAAAGAAUUUUUAUUAUUAUUUUUUUUUUGCUCGUAGUGCCGAAGUUUGAUGAGUCGCCCUAAAAGCGGAAAGCUUCAUUAGUCCGUUUGAUUUGUAAGGUAAUACAAAUCUGUCCUCAUGUUAAGUCCAUUUGCACACCUUCACUGUGUUUGUAGCUCCUCCUCCUCCUCCUCCUCCUCCUCCUCCUCCUCUUCGUCCUCCACCUCCCCCCGCCCAUCUGCGCCACACUGGCCGCUUACCUUCAGUCGCGUCUUCGCCGCCAGAGAGGAAACGGCAGGUUCUGCACGCACACACCAGCGAUCGAAAUCUGCGAGCGGCGACGAUGAUUCGUGCGAUUCCCGCGCUGACGUUUGCGUUGAUGUGGCUGGCCGCGGCCGACGGCUUCCGAUCUCGUCAUCCCGAGCUGGAAGUUUCCAGAAACAUCCACGUGACGGAAGAUGCUCCCGCGCUGUCGGUGACGUCGCGGCCGUCCAUCGUGCUGUCGCGGCGCGGCGCCAACGCCACCUUGCCAUGCGCCAUCCACAGGGACCGAUCGCUGGCGCCCAAUCCAAAGAUGAGGAUCAAGUGGACCAAGCUGACGUCCGACUUCCUGACAGAGGUGGACGUUUUCGCCGCCGUCGAUUACCGCGAGAGAAGCUACGGAAGUUUCCACAGCCGCGUGCACCUGCGAGCCUCCUCCCCAUCGGACGCCUCGCUGGUCAUCAAUGACGUCACCCUGGACGAUUACGGCAGAUACAAAUGCGAGGUCAUCGACGGCCUGGAGGACGCCACGGCGCUCGUGUCGCUCGACCUGGAAGGCGUGGUGUUCCCGUACUUUCCCCGCCCGGGUCGCUACAAGCUCAACUUCCGGGACGCCGAGCGGGCCUGCCGGGAGCAGGACGGCGCGCUGGCGUCCCCGGAGCAGCUGCGCCGGGCCUGGCGAGGAGGCCUGAACUGGUGCAACGCCGGCUGGCUGAGCGACGGCUCCGUGCGGUACCCCGUUACCUCCCCCAGGGAGCCCUGCGGCGGCAGGAACGCGGCGGCGGGCUUGCGCAGCUACGGACUGGGCGACAAAGACAAGGACCUCUACGACGUCUUCUGCUUCACGUCGCACUUCAAAGGUGACUUCUACUUCCUGCCGCACGCGUCCAAGCUGACGUUCGCCGAGGCGGCGGAGGCGUGCGUGCGCGACGGCGCCCGCGUGGCCAAAGUGGGCCAAAUGUACGCCGCCUGGAAGCUGGCCGGCUACGACCGCUGCGACGCCGGCUGGCUGGACGACGGCAGCGUCCGCUACCCCGUCGCCAGGCCCCGCCCCCGGUGCAGCCCCGACGGCCCGGCCGUCAGGUUCAACGGCUUCCCCGACAAGAAGCGCAAGUCGUACGGCGUCUACUGCUUCAGGGAGAGACGCUGAGCGCGCGUGCAGUGGAACGCACUCACACAAAAACACAACACGGAUCCGCAAACACGCACAAACAUGAAAACACACAAAUACUACACAAACAAAUAUGCACGUCAAAACAUGCCCAAAAAUCCAAAACACAAAAUACACAGACGCACACCCCAAAAAAAAAAACACACAGUCAGACAAGACAAAAACACAAACCCACAAAACAGACACGCACACACACGUUGAAACUGUGAGGCCUCGUCGACAAAAAGGGAGCAAGGUCGUUGAGGUCAUUUCGUGAAGAGGCCGCUUGGAGGUGGGGUCGCGGAGGUCAGGGUCACGCUUGUGGGCUCGCGACGACGCUGGUUCUGGACUCCUACUUUUGGGCACUUAUCUUGUUUCACUCCAAGGAUCCAUUCUUUCUUUUUUCGUUGUUUUCGUUACGGAAGGUGCUAUGACAUCAUCGUGUCUAGUUUGUAUCGAAACAUUUUUCUUUGCUUUUUUAAAAAUGUAAACUUAUAGAAUGUAGAAAUGUUUUUUUGUGUUUUAAAGAAAUAAUUUUGCUUGUCACGAAGCGUCCAAUCAAUGAGAAGAAAUGUCAAAGGUCAGGCUUUCUUAUGAAUAAAGACACAACUGGGACUCAA